AAUGGUAGUAAAAAAGGCAUAGUGAAUUUGUGCGUGUAUUUACUUAGUUGUAAAGGCAUCGCUGUUCGGCUGUUGCAUUAUAUCGUAGGUGCGGAGAAGGAGAAGCCAAAGCGUCUCAUUCGGACGGUUUAGGUAGGGGAUAAAGACUUAGGGUCACGUGAUCGAGCUGCGUUUGAGCGCACUAACCAGGUACUGAGAUUAAUACGUUGUUUUUUUUAAUAUAUUUACGCGCGCCGAAAACGUGAAAAUAGUUUAUUAAAUCUAAUUAAUUGUAAAUAGCACGUGUACAUAGGUGUAAUAGGCAAAGGCCAUAGAUAAGUGGAUUUUGUAGCUCGUUAUGAGUUCUGGCAAUAAAUCGUUGGUGUCCUCCGGCGGGAGAGGAACCAACAAAAGUAAAUCUCAACAACAUGGCAAAUCAGAUCAGCACCAUUCUAAGACUUCAGAUACAACUAAACAUGAAAAAGGACAAUCCAACAAAGAUCAGACGAAACAUGCACAAAUAAUUGACACUCGACCAGGCGGAGUUGAAGAUCCAGGUUUAAAAGAUCAGAUCAAGCAGAUCAUGGAAGUGACUCGUAAAUCAGAAGAUGAAGUAAUCAUGGCUCUCCAUGAUAGCGACUGGGACUUUAACCGCGCCGUAAAUGACCUUCUUGAGGGAGUUUCAUCAGAAUGGGAGGUAAAAAAGAAAAAACCACGCCAACCAAGUGGUUCUAAACAGGGCGCAGAUCAGUCCGGGGAUCACGAUGAGAGUGGAGGCGGAGAUUGGGAAGAAAGACGUCAUCAACGUGGUAAUGGUCCUCCUCGUAUGCGGGGUCGAGCUAAUCAUGACAACCGUGGUUUUAUUCCAGGGCGUGGUCGAGAAAACAAGGAAAAUGAGAGAAACAUGGAGGACAACGUUCGUGAGGGAGCUUACGGAGGUAGUCGCCGUGGUCGAGGUGGGCCAGGUAGAUCCGGUCGAGGUGGAAGAGGUGGUGGUCGAGGUCUCGGCCCACGUACUUUUGCCAACCGCGGUGAUUCUUCCGGACCCCACAGUUUCAAUCGGCCAAUUGAUACUUGGACCGGCAGCGAAGAGCAACAACAAAGUAGCCAAGACGCCAAGAUCGCCAGCGAUCCUUGGAAUAAUUUGGAACCAUCGGAGGACUGGGAGAGUGAGUACACCGGCUCUUUGGCUGAUACUAAGGUGUUUACACCCAGUACAUCGAUCAACGACCAAGCUGGGAUGGAAGAGUCUAACAUUGCGUCUGAGACUGUUGUACAGUCGAACGUCCAGCCGGGAAAUCUUAGCGGAUUACCUCAGGAAGACUUAUCUAAAUUGUCUGACGUUCAAACAAUGCAAUCUCAGCCGUCGAUGAUUCAAUCUCAACCUCCUCAGUCUCAGCAGGCGCUUGGUAUGCCAACGCAGAUGCAAUUAUCCCAGCAGUCUAAUACAUUAACUGCCGCUCAGAGUCAGUAUCUCACUCAAUUGACUCAACAGACUAGUGAGAACUACAAGAGUGCGAAUCAGUCUGCUUUUUCAUCAAUGACUAUUUCUGGACAAGCUCAGAGGCAAACAAAACAACGGCCACGAGUACCACCGCCUUCUAAGAUUCCUUCUAGUGCUGUAGAAAUGCCAGCUGAUACUGUUAACAGCAAUAUAGGCUUCCUAGACGUUCAAUUUGGUGCCCUAGAGUUUGGUAGUGAUACUACUACUCUUGAUGGCACAGCCAAUGACAAGUACAAUUCAUCGUCGACAAAUAUUUCCGGUAUUGAUGUAUCUUCCAAUGUAACUGCUUCGGGAAUUGCUAACUCUGCUACUUCGUCUAAUACUUUAGACAUUGAUACAGCACAACAGGGCGGCUCUUACAAUGCUUCGUCUCAGAUGAUUGCAUCACCGAAUAACACUGGUGUUACUUAUGGUAAUGCUAGUUCAAGCUCUGCUACGUAUCAGCCUCAAAAAACAUCAUAUCAAGGAUCCAAUGCAGCUACAUCUAAUAAUUACAAUGCGUAUUCAUCAACUGGUGGACAAUCUGUUCAAUCUUCGUUCCCAACGGCGCCUGGUGGUAACACCAACAGCUAUACAACGACUACAUCGGUUACUCAAUCUGGUUACAGUGGCUCUUAUCCUCAAUCUAAUGCUUCGACCUUCAGUCAAGCUUCACCGUCUGCUCCGUCAUCUACGGGCACAUCUGGAUACAAUCAAACCACUUCGUCUAACCAAGGGUACCAGUCGUCCAGUGGAUUUGUCCCUACAACUACCGCACAGUAUCAAGGCCAACAAUCAGCCAGUACUGGAGUCAACAGCAAUUCUGGAUAUCAAGCGUCCAGUUAUCAGGGCACCUCUUCAUUCCAAUCCACAUCUCAGGCCUAUCAACCAUCUGCUACUACAUUUACAUCUCCCAUGACUCAGGCGAAUAGCAGUGCCUACCAAAGUGCAGCACACUCGGUUUACGCAAGUGCCUAUGGCAAUUAUAACACCCAAUCUCAAACACCAUCUCACACUCACACAAAACUAAGUACUACAUCUGGAAAGGACUCUCAGUAUGACAAUGUAACAACGAGUAGCAGUUCUUUAGCAACAACAACUAGUGCUCCUGCAUUGGGUUUGUCUUCGACAUCUGUGAAUAGUUCCCAGACAAAAGUAUCAAGUUCAAAUGCUGUGCCAAAAAGUACAUCAAGUGGUAGUACGGGAACAGGAACGAGUGGAAGUAUUACUGGAGCCAGCAGUGCGGGUGGAACUGCUAGCAGCAUGACUCCUAUGCUAAGCCAUCAGUACAUUAUGAGUCAAGGUGUUCCUUAUCCUACGUUUCAGCAACCGAUGUACAGUUACGAAGACCUGCAAUUGAUGCAACAGAGAAUACCACACAUGCCAACUACUGGUUACUAUGAUGCGGCACUGGGGUAUCAGACGACUGGUCCAGCAACAAGUCUCGGAGGUGGAAGAAGCGAUGCAUUGUCAGGAGUUCAAGGAGUACAAGGUGUGCAAGGAGUCCAAGGUGCCUAUACCAGUAUCAGUGAUGGAAGAUUCACGAGGAACGACAGCAAUGCUUCACCGGUUCCAUCAACAAUGUCGCAACAGGUAACCACUGCAACGCAACAUCAGCAACCAAUGAUGAAUCCUGCAUUACCUCCUGGUUACGCUUAUUUUACUUAUGGAGGUAGUAUCAUGCCAGGAAGUUUCCAAUACAGUGGACCUAUUUAUCCACAAAUGGCAACUGCGGGAAAUGCUGGCACAAAUAGUGGUGCAUACAGUGCUAAGCCUGGUAGCUAUGGUUCGGGUUAUGGUGGAGGUGCGAGCUAUGACACCCUCACAAACACUGGUCCGACUGGUGAUUACAAAGGCGCCGGAAGUGGAUAUACUGGGACUCAAACUGGUAAGACUGGUACUUCUACGGGCAACAAUAAUUCAGGAGCUUCAUCAGCCACUGAUAUUGGUGCGACGAUGUACGCCAAAAGUCACGUUGCUCUUAGCAAAGUAAACUCGUAUGAUAAACAGACUUUCCAUUCGGCAACGCCGCCGCCUUUUAGUUUAACUAGUAGUCAGACUGCUGGAAUGCCUGGUGGUUAUGGUGCUCCGCACUUGUUUAUUUCAACAAUGCCACACACUCAGCAUCUUCAUCAACCAUUACAUCAGGAUGGCGGAAGUAGCUCAGGGCAAAGAUCUAAUACAAAUUCACAAAAUAAAGCACAGGCUAAGCCCGGAUAUAGUUCAAACUACUGGACUGCUGGUAAUUAAUUGUUCUACAAAAAAGCAGACAACCUGGAUUCUCGUGUCUUUCACCCGCUUAUUCAUGGGAAAGACGUAUUUAAAAUUAGAGAAAUAGAAUUGGACGUUGGAUUCAUAUACACAUUAUUGCGGAUAUGUACGCGCGAGAAAAUAGAAAAAAAAAAAAAAAUUUUUUUUAAACAAUGAUGAGGUAAAAAGAAUUAAUAAAAUGAAAAUUAAGAAAUAAAAAAAUUUUAAAAAACGAGCUAACAUUCGCCUUCGCCGCCCAUGAGAUACACAAGGUCGAAUGAACUCUCACAUUCGUCCUAAGUGAUACUUGUUUAUUAUCUACCUUUUUAUUAUUAUAGUUAUGUUUAAUUAACUCUUUCGUGAAUUGUAGAAAAUUUUGUAAAGUAAACUUAUGAAUAUUUCGGAUGAUGGUAAUCAUCGCGAAUAAAUCAUUUAUUAUUAAAGAAAAAUAAUUUUUUUUUUUACUCUUUGGUUUUGUUGCGACUAAUACUAAGUGCAAUCGCUGAUUAUAAUAUGCGAUCAGCGGUAGUUAUAAAUCAGCGGGCGUUGAUUAUCAUCAUUGUUGACUGAAAUAUUGAACAUAACGAGUGAGAGGGCGGCUUCGGUAUAAAUCGACACGUGGGCUCUCGUAGUGUAAAUUUAAAUCCUACUAUACGUUGGAUAUUUAGAUACAAUUUUGCUCGCUGUAGAUUAUUAAAAAAAAAAAUCUUUUUUACAUUUUAAUGAAAAUAUUUCUUUAGUAGUUAUUUGUUUUCUCAAUAUAAAAUCAGAUUGACAAAUUAUUAAUUAAUAUAUGCACUAAAUGCACUUGAAUAAAGGUAUCACAAAAAAUAAUAAUGAAUUAAAUUAAUCAAAAAAUUUUUUAUAAAAAAUCUUCCUACAAAAAAGUAAACUCCAUUUUUUUUUUUUUUACAUAAAUUCUUCCUCGCCAAAAAAUGAUUACUUAAGCUUCUAUAUAUUAUGUUUAUUGUUUACACAGAUGAAGAUACAUACAUAGAAUGAAAGAGCUCUAUAAUUUAUCCAUAAUUAUUCAUUAAAGAUAUGUUGAUAAUACCUGUGUUGAUCUAACAUAAAAUUAUUAUUUAAUAUCUAUAAUCAAAUAUUUGAUAAUGUACGAAUUAUUUUGCUCUAUUUAUUAAGCAUAUUUUUUUUUAAUUGAUCUAAACAAUAACCAAAGCAAAGAAAAAUAUCGUUGAAAAAAUUCAAUGAUAAAUUAUGCGCUUGGCUUAUCGCGAAGAUUUAACAAUUAAACGUAUUAUUACUUAAAUUUUCGGUGUCUAUGACUCUAAUUAGUAACGAGAGUCCUGUGUACUUGUAAACUUAUAUUCAUUUAAUUUGUUCUGUAAUAAUUAUUAAAAAAAAAAUAAAUAAACUAUUGCUCUACGACUAUUAUUCAUAAGAAUAAAGGACAAUGAGAGACAAUUAAGUUUUCUAAUGAAUAAAAUAUAUUUAAAAAAAAAAGUAGCUCUUAUUCACUAAAAAAAAAUUGUCUCUUGAUUAAAUAGAAAUAUUAUCUCUUCUUUUUUAUACAGUAUG